AAACGUCUCGUUCCGCCCGCUUGGAUGUACUAUGCCUAGCUCCGAGUGGUGGUGGUGGGGGGCAUAGAUAAAUAUAUCAUUGUAAAAUUUAAAAUUAAUACAUAAAUAUAUAUAAUACCAUACUUUAAAGACCGUCAACGCUUUACAACCGGUUAGGCGGGAUGAGCGGGAUACCGGGGACUGCCGUCGUCCAGGUCACCAACCUGUCCUCGGCCGUGAGCGGCGAGCAGAUGCGCACUCUGUUCGGUUUCCUGGGAGACAUCGAGGAGCUGCGGCUCUACCCGCCCGACAAUGCCCCUCUGUCUUUCUCCUCCAAAGUGUGCUAUAUAAAGUACCGAGACCCCUCCAGUGUUGGUGUGGCGCAACAUCUCACCAACACUGUGUUUGUUGACAGAGCCUUGAUCGUUGUGCCAUGUGCGGAAGGGAAAAUCCCGGAAGAGGCCAAGGCCUUGUCGCUCUUGGCACCUGCCGCCCCGAUACCCAGUCUGCUUCCCGGCGGGGGCCUGCUGCCAAUUCCAGCUCCCGCUCCCGCUCCGCUGCAGAACCUGAGCCUCCCCGUGGUGAAUCGGCUGCCGGCUGCCCUGGAACCCCCGGCGUCGGCGAGCGCCCAGCCCCCCCUCAUGGGAAAUGUGGAUCCCUCUAAAGUGGACGAGAUCAGGAGGACCGUCUACGUGGGCAACUUGAACUCCCAGACCACCACCGCUGACCAGCUGCUGGAGUUCUUCAAGCAGGUGGGAGAGGUGAAGUUCGUGCGAAUGGCCGGAGACGAGACCCAACCGACUCGCUUCGCCUUCGUGGAGUUCGUGGAGCAGGACUCGGUCGGCCGCGCGCUCACGUUCAACGGAGUGAUGUUCGGAGACAGACCCCUGAAGGUCAACCAUUCCAACAACGCCAUCGUGAAGCCCCCGGAGAUGACGCCGCAGGCCGCCGCCAAGGAGCUGGAGAGUGUGAUGAAGCGGGUGAGAGAAGCCCAGUUUACCAUCGCCGCCGCCAUAGAGCCAGCUGACGUGAAGAAGCGCUCCUCCAGUCGCUCGGUGAGGUCGCGGCGGUCCCGCUCCCGGUCCCUCUCCAAAACGCACAGGAAGCGGUCCCGCUCGAAACACAGACCGGCGCCGAAGGUGGCCCCAAUCGACUCCCACGGUUCCCGCGGCGUCCACAAGCGGCGGUCCCGCUCCCGGGAGAAAAAGACACAGUCGCAGCGCUCCCGGUUUGUGGGAACAAAGCGAGGCAUCGACCCGGAGGGCCACAGGAGGAGGAGUAAGGAUCGCUCCAGGAGCCCUCGGAGGAAAGCCAGGUCACCCUCCCCAAAAAGAGGGAGGAAGGAGAAGAAGAGGGAGCGCAGCAGGGAGCGGAGGGACCGCUCCACGUCCAGGAAGAGGAGCCGCAAGGAGGAGGACCGGAUAAAGAGCAAGGCCCCGCCGAAGAAGGCGGGAAAGGACCACGGCCGAGCGGGAAAGGAAGACUACGAAAGUGGAAGAGAAGACGUGAUGUCAUCGCCGUGCGGCCGGCACAACGGCAGCCACAAGACCCACAACGCCGGGCGCGCACGCACGGGCGCGGACGGCUCCAAGUGACUGUGGCCGCGCGGCGGCGACUAAUGUGGUCACAUCUCAGCGCAGCACGCCGGGCGAUGACCACUCGCCGUCAGCGUGUUUUUGUCAUCGUCGUCUCAUGGCUGUUUGUUUUUUGUUGUUGUUGUUGUUUUUUAACUCCACAUUCUCGUCCACGCGUGGAUCCUGUGAUUCCGCUGAUGCUCAGUGUCCCGCUCAGGGGGCGAGGCGGCGCUCGGCACAGCAGAGGAAGCCCCGAAGAAGAAGGCGCUCGCGAUGCGACAGUAAGCCACGAAAUAGCUGAGUCAGCUUCCAAAACCAACACAUUGGUUUGCAUAAUAUUACACGGCCACCCGCCUCUUUUUGUCAAUUACUGAAAGAACUCGACGCCUUUUUUAUUCUCACUGUGCGACGCAAACGCUGUCAGCUUCCCCAGCAGAUCACAGUGACCGUGCAUCUGCAGAGCUUCCAUGUUUCCAACAAAAUGAAGCCAUGUUUCUAUUGGCCAAUGCACAUUGAUCUGAUCCCUCCGUUCCUCCUGCGAGGUCCCGACAUGCCCGGCAUGCCUCUUUUGAUUAGCAGGAUUUGUCAUAAUCAAGUAAAAAAAAUCCAACACAGUUUUGCUAUAUGCAGCAACAAUCUACGUUAACAACAAUAACAAUGCAUCUUCGGGUAAAGAGAUUUUAAAAUGUUUUUCUUUAGAACCGCUGGGAAAGCAGGGUUCUCAAAUGAAUAAUUAGUACAUGGAGGAUUUUAUGCACAAAGACAAAUUCUAAUCUGGUUCAUAUUUCAAGCUUGACUGACUUCUUCAGGCAUUUUAGAGUGAAUCGUUAUUAUUGAUAAUAAGUCUGUCCAUCUACCCGGUUCUGUGCUGAGUGACCUCAGUGGGAACAGCAGCGAUGUUUAAGUCUCAGUUUCUAAUAUUAAUCAUGAAGAUCAGCAGCAUUUUACACACAGUUUGUAAAAAUAAAUACUGUAUUAUACAGACGGUUAUCGUGUGUGUGUGUGUGUGUGUGUGGAGACGUGCUGCUCACCAAAAGGGAAGUAAACCAAAUGUCCUUUAUUAAGUACAACGCGUCAUAUCUCAUUGAGCGACCCCCCCCCCCUCCGCUGUUGCUGACGACAUCUUCCCAUUCUGUUCUUUUUUACUGGUGGAGACAAACGGUACUUUACGCGUCUCCAGGAGACUUUUAAAUUGGGAAACCAAAAUGCUCAUUUGCUGUUAACGGGAGACUUUAACAACGUGAGCGGAGCUUUGGUCCUUUUUCUGCUGCAGCCGGGACCUGGAAGGUCCUGCAGAAAUGUGCGCUGUUGAUUUUAAGGCGUCAAGUGCUGUAAUUAUGAGCGUGCAGAAGUUGUUCAGUCGCUAAUAUAUUAUAUAUAAAAAGAUGCAUAACUCAUUCGGCCGACGAGAAAAACCCUGUUUUACUUUCUCUUUUGUUUUAUGAGUGUACAUUUAAUAACAUUUUCUUUUUCAUAAUUCCGAUUUGUCACAACAAUGUAAUGAUAAUGUUCCCGUCUGCUGUAUUGUAAUGCUGAUAAAACACAAAAAAAAUAUUUACUGUUUUUAUAGAUACAAAACAAAC